AUGACCACCGUCGAUGGCGACUCAACUUCUGAACCGACUCCAGUGCUCGACACAGACUGGUCUCUUGUCCUAGACACGGACACGUUCCCCCACUUUCUCGACACCAUCAUUGCAUACCUUGUUGCACGAGUCCCAGGCAAGGAUCUCCUCCCGUAUCGUCUCGUAUGUCGUCAGUUCAAGAAGCAAGUGGACAGGAACCUGUUCGUCAAUGUCAAGCUCGAAAAGCAGCGCAUUCUCACUCAACUACCCGAGGUUCACUAUCACAGUUUCCACUACGCUGGCGUUGUGACACUCAACAUGAAUUCUUCGUCCAAUACGUGUCUCCAUCCGCUGCUGUACCGUCAUGACUUGCGUCGACAAAACUCCUGGGAGUAUCGACCUCGGAUGAACAGCCCCUAUGUGAUCGCUCUCGAAGGGGAACAAGUGGACGACCUCUACAUCCUCAAGCACGGGACCCCGCUCACAGCCAACGCCGACCUGCGUGAUGCUUUACAACACAUCCGCUGUCUCGAAUUCUCGUGGCUCAUGGACGUGGACCUUGCCAAAUCCCUAGGUGUGAAUGCCGAAACGGUGCAGACGACCCAAGUCGACCUCGGAUACCGCGGCUUCCAGUGGCCCGAGAGCCUCUCUCCGUCCACCCUGAUAGUCACCGUCUUGUGCAAUGCCCGUUCUUGCCCUUUUACAAUCCGUGGGCUUAAACGUGUAGCACUGACUGUCUUGUACGGAAAGCAUGGGUUCCCCAGGCUUGUAUGGAACCCGGACGCGCUCCGUCUUUAUCUCGGGGAAGGCGAACACCUGGAGGACCUUUUCGUUCGCUUCGACAAGAGGGACCCCGACUUGGACACCGGUACCCUUGAGCCUGAGGAAUGGCAAGGUCUAGAUACGAUGCUGGAACGUUAUCUUCACCCGGAGACGCGGCUGGUCAUCAGCGACCCUCCCGAGGGCUGGGAACCGCCGCGACAGGCAGUUAAGCCGACCGCAGACGAUUGGCCGUGGAGUGACGCAGGAUGGACGGCUGGGCGGGAGUGGGUAUGUGCCCAGGAGCACGACAUGGCACGGCUCAAGUAA